AUGUUACAAUCAGCACUAGUACUAGCCGCCAGCAUGUUAUCAUUUCUUGUACUAUUUUUGGUAAGCACCAGCAACAUACCCUAGAUUACUUUACUUUAUAGAUACUGUACCAAACGCAUCGUUGGAAUCGUCGUAGGUUUACUCGGUCGAAAAUACAUGUCCAAACGUAUACAUUAAGUCAGCGCUUUCAGUUGAGUGAGAACAUUCGAUCUGUCACAUUAAUUAUACAAUCUGGCUUCUUGGCCGUUCUAGGCGGCAUCUUCGUUGCUUUCCAAAUUUUAGUCGCCGUGUUGUUUUCAGAUCAAAUACCGGUAUGUUUCACAAGUUUUUAGUUGUAAAGAAAGAUCUUGCCAUUUCAUGUUUUGUAAAGAAAGUUCUUGCCAUUUUUUUAUUUUUUAAAAUUUGUAAAAUUUCAGAAUUUCACAGGGCUAACAAACGCCACCGGCCCUUUAUGGGUGUCUAUAAUGUUUUUACCUGCCGCAGUUCUUCAAAUUACAGUAAUCCCAGCGUGGAAAAGAAAGUCAAUAUCAUUGCUAUUGUUAUUGGUCCAGAAUAACAAGUCAGCUGUUGAGAAACUGGAGCCCCAGCUGGUACGGGUUUAUGUGAUAAAGAGGAAGAUAACUGAUGGUAAAGUGAAUGAGAGGGAGCUGUACUUCGAAAUGCUGAAUCAGGCUUGGAGAUAG